GACAAGUUGGUUGUGAAUGUCAAAUUCUGGCGAAAAAAAGGAAACGCAACUACAUUCUCCCGCACUCACCUGGUAGAAAAAGUUCGAUUUUCCCGUGAUCGGAAGCAGAUUUUUAUCCGUUUCCAACGUAAGCGUAUCCGGACAUCUGUUGGGUGCGAUGGAUUCCUCGGCAAUGUCACUCAAGUCCUCAGAGGACAUCCCCCUGGCGGAUGACGAUCUGGAAGUGAUCAUCAACGAUGACGACAGUUCCAAGUACAUGCAGAACGGUCGCUCGCUGGACUCGAUUGCCAGCUCGUACACGAACGGGAACUCUAGCCCGCGGCACUUCCUUGAAAGCGAGGGUCCCGAUGCCGACGAGCAGGAGGAACGGGCCCGGCUGAUAACCCAGGUGCUGGAGCUGCAGAACACCCUGGACGAUCUGUCCCAGCGGGUGGACAGCGUCAAGGAGGAGAAUCUGAAGCUGCGGUCCGAGAACCAGGUCCUCGGCCAGUACAUCGAGAAUCUGAUGUCCGCUUCGUCGGUGUUCCAGUCAACCAAUCAGGCCCAGGCCUCGUCGGCACCGAAGAAGAAGUAAGGCCCAACUGCACGGGCCUGGAGGACUUGGAAGGCCAAAGAAAGCGGAUCGGAUUCCUUUUCUUGUACGUACCUACCUACACUUACCUAUCACUAAAACAAAUAUGCAGAUUUUUCUUCA